AGAAAAAAGAAAAAAAAGUCAAAAUCAAUGCCAUCACUUUUUGUGGAAUAUUGUUCAGUACUCAAGAAAAAAUGGUAAGAAAUUAAUAGCGAUAAUGGAGUCAUAGGACAAACACAGCGCAGUAUUAAAUAAGGUGAUUGUCUUCUUGAAAGGCUGUCUGGCUCUCUCUCUCUCUCGGUCUCACUCUCUCGUCAUACCAGCGACGGACCAUCUCUGCUUUGGAUUAAUUAUAUAUAUACACACGCCAACGCAAUAAAACUUUCCGUUCACUUUCUCCUUAAGCCUCUUCUCGUCUUCUUCUUUUUGUCGUUUCCGUUAUAGAGAGGGAGAGAGAGACUCGUACGGAAAGCUUGAAAAAGCGAGAUAUGGAAAAGCUGUGGAGCUUGGAGGACUUCGAUGUGGAGAACAAGCGCCCGUCGCCGGAGGCUCAACGCCGAUGGAGAUCUGCCGUCGGCGCCGUCGUCAAGAACCCUCGCCGGAGGUUCCGUUUCAUCGCCGAUUUCGCCAAGCGCGAUGCGGCCGACAAGAAGAGGAAAAGUAUCCAGGAAAAGAUACGAGUUGCUCUUUAUGUUCAGAAAGCAGCACUGCAGUUCAUCGAUGCUGGUGGUAGAAUUGAAUACAAGUUGUCUGAAGAGGCUAGGGAAGCGGGUUUUGGUAUUCACCCUGAUGAGCUUGCAUCAAUUGUACAUAGCCAUGAUAUUAGGGCCUUGAAAAUUCACGGCGGAGUUGAUGGAAUAGCAAGAAAAGUCUCCGUCUCAGUGAAUGAAGGGGUUGGCGAGAGGGAUUUACCUAUCAGGCAAAAUAUUUUUGGGGUCAAUCGUUAUGCAGAGAAACAAGCCAGAACCUUUUUGAUGUUUGUAUGGGAAGCACUACAAGAUUUAACACUCAUCAUUCUUAUGGUAUGCGCUGCAGUUUCAAUAGGUGUUGGAAUUGCCACUGAAGGGUGGCCAAAGGGCAUGUAUGAUGGUUCAGGAAUCCUGCUUAGUAUUAUCCUGGUUGUCAUGGUUACUGCCAUAAGUGACUACAAGCAAUCCCUGCAAUUCAAGAAGUUGGAUGAAGAGAAAAAGAAGAUAUUUGUCCAUGUUACUAGGGACGGUAAGAGACAAAAAAUUUCCAUAUAUAACUUGGUUAUUGGAGACAUCGUUCAUUUGUCAAUCGGAGACCAAGUUCCAGCUGAUGGGAUUUUUAUAUCUGGUUAUAGUUUGCUGAUUGAUGAAUCAAGUUUAUCAGGGGAGAGCGAGCCAGUUAAUGUAGAUGAAGAAAAACCUUUUCUUCUAUCCGGAACAAAAGUGCAGGAUGGAUCAGCGAAAAUGUUGGUAACAGCAGUUGGCAUGAGGACUGAAUGGGGUAAGUUGAUGGAGACACUAAGUGAAGGGGGUGAAGAUGAGACCCCACUGCAGGUGAAGCUGAAUGGUGUUGCUACGAUUAUUGGUAAAAUUGGUUUGGGUUUUGCAGUGCUUACGUUUCUGAUUUUGACAGGAAGAUUUUUGGUGGAAAAAGCACUUCAUCAUCAGUUCACUGUUUGGUCUUCAACUGAUGGACUUGCACUUUUGAACUACUUUGCUAUUGCAGUAACUAUAAUUGUCGUUGCAGUUCCUGAAGGAUUACCAUUGGCAGUGACACUGAGCCUUGCUUUUGCAAUGAACAAAUUAAUGACUGAAAGGGCACUUGUGAGACAUCUAGCCGCAUGUGAAACAAUGGGUUCUGCAAGUUGCAUUUGCACGGACAAAACAGGAACUUUAACUACAAACCAUAUGGUGGUUACUAAAAUUUGGUUAUGUGAAAAAUCUAUAGAGAUAAAGGGUAAGGAGAGUGAAGACAUGCUAAAAUCUGAACUAUCUGAAGAGGUUUUAAGCCUCCUUCUGCAAGUUAUAUUUCAAAAUACUGGUUCUGAAGUUGUUAAUGUGGAUGGAAAGAUCACCAUUUAUGGAUCUCCUACGGAGACAGCAAUAUUAGAAUUCGGCUUGCUUUUGGGUGCUGACUUUGAUGAGCAGCGUAGAAACAUUAGCAUACUUAAGAUAGAGCCCUUUAAUUCAGUCAGGAAAAAGAUGUCUUUACUUGUUGCUCGGCCUAAUGGCAGGAAGCGUGCUUUUUGCAAAGGAGCAUCAGAAAUAAUAUUGAGAAUGUGUAAUAAGUUUGUUGACCCAAAUGGAGAACCUCUUGAUUUAUCGGACCAACAUGUAAGCAAUAUAACGGAUGUUAUAAAUUCCUUUGCUUCUGAAGCUCUGAGAACUCUAUGCUUGGCUUUCAAAGACAUGGAUGACUCUUCCGAUGAAAGGACAAUCCCUGAAGAAGGCUAUACAUUGGUAGCAGUUGUUGGAAUCAAAGACCCUGUGCGUCCGGGGGUAAAAGAUGCUGUUAAGACUUGUUUAGCAGCUGGAGUAACUGUUAGAAUGGUAACUGGCGAUAAUAUAAACACGGCUAAGGCCAUAGCUAAAGAAUGCGGCAUACUCACGCCAGAUGGUGUGGCCAUAGAUGGACAGGAGUUUCGUAAUCUGUCUGCUGAACAGAUGAGAGACAUUAUACCCAGAAUCCAGGUAGUGGCGCGGUCUUUGCCGUUGGACAAACACACCUUGGUGACUAAUUUGAGAAAUAUGUUCGGUGAGAUUGUUGCAGUAACUGGUGAUGGGACCAACGAUGCUCCUGCUCUGCAAGAAGCAGACAUCGGACUUGCUAUGGGCAUAGCAGGAACAGAGGUUGCUAAAGAAAACGCCGACGUCAUAAUAAUGGAUGACAAUUUUGCAACUAUUGUAAAUGUAGCCAGAUGGGGACGUUCGGUAUACAUAAACAUUCAAAAGUUCGUUCAGUUCCAGUUGACAGUUAAUGUAGUAGCUCUGGUGCUAAAUUUUUUUUCUGCUUGCAUCUCAGGUUCUGCUCCUCUUACUGCUGUGCAACUGCUGUGGGUCAACAUGAUUAUGGACACUCUUGGUGCACUGGCACUGGCCACAGAACCUCCUAACGAUGAACUUCUGAAAAGGCCUCCUGUACCGAAGGGUGCGAGCUUCAUCACAAAGGCCAUGUGGAGGAAUAUCAUCGGUCAGAGCAUUUACCAAUUGGCCGUCCUUGCAGUGCUAAAUUUCACCGGGAAGCAGCUUCUAGGACUUAAUGGUUCAGAUGCAACUAUGGUUCUCAACACUUUGAUAUUCAAUGCAUUUGUGUUUUGCCAGGUGUUUAAUGAGAUAAACAGCCGAGAUAUAGAGAAGAUAAACAUAUUCCGCGGCAUGUUUAGCAGCUGGGUUUUCCUUGGCGUCAUCUUUUGCACAGUGGCCUUCCAAGCCGUCAUAAUCGAGUUCUUGGGCACAUUCGCAAGCACCGUGCCACUAAACUGGCAAUUAUGGUUACUCAGUGUCUUAAUUGGAUUUGUUAGUAUGCCAGUUGCUGUUGUCCUCAAGUGCAUCCCAGUUGAAAUCAAAACCAAGCACCACGAUGGCUAUGAAGAGCUCCCUAGCGGCCCAGAUCUUGCUUAAAGAUUCGGAGAAGCAAAAGCUGAAAAAAAGAAAAAAAAAAAAGUAGCUAACUAUUAGUGACUAGGCUGACCAGUAGAAUGCCUUUUGCCCUUUUUUCACACUCUUGAAAACAUAUACUUUCCGUUCAAAUCAUUACAACAUCUAUAUUUUCCUAUCUUACAGCAAACGUUAGUAGGUGUUAGGUGAAAAAAAUUUUAUUAAGUUGUACCUUUGAGUUUUCUUUUUUAGUCAUUAACUGAUGUAUGGGAACACAAUUCCUUUUUGAAAUAUAAUUUGGAGUCUUGCAAAUCUUUGAAUU